AUGGAUGCUAUUGUGCUGCUGCGAAGCGCAUACCUAGGGGCAGCCGGCUUGGUGUUGUUCGUCUUUGCCGUUCCUGCUCUUCGCUUGCGCUUCCUUGACUAUGGCCCUCGCUCGACAGGUACUGAAAAGAAGUAUGAUACUAGGGUGGAGAAACAAGGAGUUUCCGAGGGUGCAGUCGGUACACUGCUGGACAAGUUGGCUGAGUUGAGGGUGCCGCACAGCUGGUUCACGUCGUUCUACGCGGUAUCCGUCACACUGUCGCUGUUUUGGGCAGCAGAGUUGCUUGUGGGAGGUCCGUCGUUCCAAGCUAUUGCCCAGCACGUACCUUCCACGGAUCUCUCAAUGUCUUUCAGCCAGGUUUUGGUGGUAUGGAUUAUGAUGCUUGGCCAAGGGAGCCGCAGACUGUACGAGUGCAUGGCUAUCUCCAAGCCUUCCGAGUCACGAAUGUGGUUUGGCCACUGGGCUUUGGGUAUCUUGUUCUACAUCUUGACCAGCGUUGCAGUCUGGAUUGAAGGCAUCCCAGCUAUCCGCAAUCAUACACCGUCAACACAAGACUUCCUGAUCCAAGGACCUUCGGCCCGAACAUUCAUAAGCAUCUUGAUCUUCCUGCUGGCUUCUGGCUUUCAGCAUGACUGUCAUGCCUAUCUUGCGUCGCUAAAGGAAUCGAAAAAGCCCGAUGGCGGUGCGGCGACCUCGCAUUAUCGGCUACCUGAGCAUCCAGCUUUCAGCAUCUCGUUGACGCCUCAUUACUUUGCGGAAUGCUUGAUCUAUCUUUCCCUGGCCAUCGCUGCGACGCCGAAAGGAGGCCUGAUGAACUGGACGCUCGUCACUGCACUGGUCUUCGUGAUGGCAAAUCUUGGUGUGACAGCGUACGGCACUGGACAAUGGUAUGAGCGGAAAUUCGGGUCCGACGCAGUCAAAGGCAAGGCUAGGAUGAUUCCAUUGGUCUUUUGA